CACUCAUGUACUACACAUAUGGUCUCUAAUCUUUCCUCCAAUUGGUUGUCUAUUACAAAUAGUGAAUGAAUUGACUUCAGCUCCCAAGGACCAGGGAAGGAGAGUUGGAGACCACUUAUUUUAUAAAUCGUCCCAUAUUUCCUGGUGUCCAUUCCAUUCACUUCAUCGCUGCGAGACAAUGAAGGAUACACACACCCUGCUCAAUCUGCUUCUGCUGCUAGUGUACCUAGCAGGAUCAGCUGUGACCACUGAUGGAGGGAAGGACAGUACCGAUGGUCCCUUGGAACUAACCAUUGUGGGACCUGACUUUGUGACUGUGGGCGUGCCAUGCAGUUUUGACUGUGCCGCCCAGUGCUCUCCCUCCUGUAGCUACAGAAUGAGUAUCGACGGGCAGAUUGGACAAGGCAACGAGCUGUUCUUCACAGCUCGCCAAUGGGAAGAGUCCCUAAACCUUACAUGCACCGCAAGGAAUGAUGACUCUGGGAGGUCCUCUACAGUAACAAAGAUACUGCAGGUUUUAGCUGGACCAACCAACAUAUCGAUCACAGGCCCUGACUUGAUGACCCCAGGGGCCCCUCAAAGCUUCCAGUGUUACGCCGACUGCCAUCCCUCCUGCAACUACACCUGGGGGAUAAAUGGCCGAUGGCUCGGGGGACAGGGGAACGAGAUUACCGUAACUCCCGAAGAAUUGGCCACCUCUGUUACCCUGAACUGCAAGGCUAUCAACAGUGUGUCUGGGCUCUAUGACAUGGCAACAAGGGCAAUACCUGUGACAUAUGGUCCCUUGGAGCUAACCAUUGUGGGACCUGACUUUGUGACUGUGGGCGUGCCAUGCAGUUUUGACUGUGCCGCUCAGUGCUAUCCUUCCUGUAGCUACAGAAUGAGUAUCGAUGGGCAGAUUGGACAAGGCAACGAGCUGUUCUUCACAGCUCGCCAAUGGGAAGAGUCCCUAAACCUCACAUGCACCGCAAGGAAUGAUGACUCUGGGAGGUCCUCUACAGUAACAAAGAUACUGCAGGUUUUAGCUGGACCAACCAACAUAUCGAUCACAGGCCCUGACUUGAUGACCCCAGGGGCCCCUCAAAGCUUCCAGUGUUACGCCGACUGCCGUCAGUCCUGCAACUACACCUGGGGGAUAAAUGGCCGAUGGCUCGGGGGGCAGGGGAACGAGAUUAUCGUAUCUCCCGAAGAAUUGGCCACCUCUGUUACCCUGAACUGCAAGGCCAUCAACAGUGUGUCUGGGCUCUAUGACAUGGCAACAAGGACAAUACCUGUGACAUAUGGUCCCUUGGAACUAACCAUUGUGGGACCUGACUUUGUGACUGUGGGCGUGCCAUGCAGUUUUGACUGUGCCGCCCAGUGCUCUCCCUCCUGUAGCUACAGAAUGAGUAUCGACGGGCAGAUUGGACAAGGCAACGAGCUGUUCUUCACAGCUCGCCAAUGGGAAGAGUCCCUAAACCUCACAUGCACCGCAAGGAAUGAUGACUCUGGGAGGUCCUCUACAGUAUCUAAGAUACUGCAGGUUUUAGAUGAUGGAAAAUCCAUGGCCACACAAGCUGAACAGACUAUAGACCUGCUUCUGUUCACAUUCACACUCUCACUCUACACCGUAAUAUCAACAUAAUCCAGGAAAAGGUGGUUUUAUACAAGGAAGUGAUCUGUUCUCCACAUGCAUAUCUGAAUCAUUUGAAAACAUGUCAUCAUUAUUACAGACAGUGAUGGAACAUGUGGUUUAUUGGUAAAGAACAAAGAACAAACAGUGCCUCUCAUAUCAGGAUGUUAACGAUAUUUGCUGAUGAUAAGUGAAGUGGAAAGGCUUGGCUGAAUCUUUCACUAUCAAAGCACUACGUGUGUUUGUGCAAGUAUCAUCACGUGUAUGGCCUAUUUGGAUUAAAUAUUUAAUAAAGACACAUAUACAUUAA